AUGGAAAGAAUCGAUACUCACUGUCACAUUGUCCCAGACGGCUGGAGAAAAUGGUGUGAAAAACUUGGCUGGGACAAACCUGAUGGGAUGCCAUGCAUUCCGGCAUGGUCACCGGAAAGUCACAUCGCACUCAUGGACAAGCUCGGAAUCAAGCGGUCGAUUCUUAGUAUCACAUCCCCAGGGACUCAUUUGAAGACCGGGGAUUUUGCACUGGCGAGACAAAUCACCCGCGAGACCAAUGACGAGAUUGCCUCGAUCUGCCGCAAGUUCCCAGAUCGAUUCAAGUUCUUUGCCUCACUGCCACUGCCCGACGUCGAAGGGUCGCUCGAAGAGAUCGACCAUGCGUUGGAGCUUGGUGCAGUCGGCUUUGCCGUCAUGACAAAUGCCCAGGGCUACUACAUGGGCGACUCACGAUUCGAUGAAGUAUUCAGAAAGUUGAAUGAGCGAAAAGCCAUAGUUUUCAUGCAUCCAACGCAAUGCUGCGUCGUGGAUAAUCCCGAAGCAGACAAACCCCUGCCUCAAUACCCGACGCCGAUGAUGGAAUACUUCUUCGACACGACUAGGGCUGUGGUGAACCUGGUGUUGUCGGGGACCGUGUCGAGAUGUGAGAAUCUCACGUUCUUGGUUUCCCACUGCGGUGCAACUUUGCCGCCGCUCGUUGAAAGAUUCACGGCUUUUACAGCAAUGGGCCUGGUUAAAUCCGGUGAGAGGUUGACCAGUGAGCAAGUCAAGGAGUUGUUCCGCACGAGGUUCUUUUUUGAUCUUGCUGGUUUGCCGUUCCCGGAUUUGAUUCAUGGGUUCUUGAGAAUUGGUGACUCGAGUCGUUUGCUUUACGGUAGCGAUUAUCCUUAUACGCCAGGGAAUGCGGUCGAAGGACUUAGUCACACGAUGGAUACAAAUUUGGAGCAACUGUUUGAAAAGAGUGAGGUCCAAAGGAUAUACAGUGGCAAUGCCGAGUCUCUUGGGUUAUGA